AAUGUAAAAGAAAAUCAGACAUACGUCUCAAAAAAUGGGCGAAUUUAAGCUGUUAGGAGGAUGGUCCAGUCCCUAUAGUCACAGAGUGCUAUGGGCUCUGAAAUUAAAGGGCAUACCAUACAAGUACAUAGAAGAAGAAGAUCUCUCCAACAAGAGCCCUUUGCUUUUACAGUAUAACCCAGUACACAGAAAGAUUCCAGUACUCUUGCACGGCGGCAAGCCAAUAUGUGAGUCCAUGGUGAUCAUCGAGUACCUUGACGAAAUAUGGCCGGAGAAUCGGUUGCUGCCUAUCGAUCCUUAUGAGAGAGCUGUAGCCCGAUUUUGGGUCAAUUUUGUGGAGGAUGAUAAGAUUCCUGCAGAGUGGAGGGUAUUCUGCAGUAGCAAUGGCGAAGAACAAGAGAAGGCAGUGAAAGACUGUCUGGAAAUGCUAAAAACAAUAGAAGAGCAAGCUUUAGGAGAGAAUAAAAUCUUCUUUGGAGGAGACAGAAUCGGUGCAGUGGACAUUGUCUGCGGUAAAUUUGUUCGCUGGUUAGAAGUGAUUGAAGAAGUAAUGGGAAUAAAACUGUUGCAGCAACACAAGUUUCCUCGCCUGUAUCAGUGGACCAUAAACUUCAAGGAAGCACCCAUUAUUAAAGAUAAUCUUCCAGACCAUGGGAAAUUGCUGAACUUGUUGAAGCAGAUAAGAGCAAGGAUUUUACAAGCAUCUGUAAUCAACUGAUUUAGAUAAAUAUGUAAAAGAGUACAUCUGAGACAUGGAUGUAAAUAUCAUGUUCUUUGGAUAUAAAUGUCAUGUUCUUUUUUAGGAGUC